AUGCUAAACGAGAGCCCCCCAUUUCAACUUAAUCUCAUCUACCCUUUUCUAAAACCCCCAUGCGCCCCUCACCCCACGGAGAAUACUACCCAUUUAGCGGUAGAUGUAAUAGCUAACAUAGUCAUCAAUGUCAUGUCGUGGAAUAUUCUGUAUUCAACUUCAUCCUUUCUCGAGCUUAUUGUGAAUCCAUACUAUUACAUGUUUCAUUCAACGACUAAAUCUCUAUCGUCUGCCCUGGAAGAUCUGGUUAAGUUCUACGUUGCGAAAGGCGCAGCUUUGAAGAAUUCCUGGUGUCCAGUGCUAGGAGAGCUAGGACUUCCGGCAACAGAGCUAUUACUAGGGCUGAGUAAGUGUGCGAAGAUUGAUUCUCAGAGACCAAUACCUCCUUUCGUCCUUCGUAACCCUAAACCAUUUCCUUUUCCUUAUUGCGCGGACAUCGAAGUAUUAGAAGAGUGGUCGUGA